GCUUCUCUUGUCUCAGUUCGCUGCUUCACUCUUGCUCUCACCCCUUCGCUUUCCGACCGUUGGUGCCUUGCCAGCUUUGCUCCGCCUCCUUUGGCCCUGCACAUGGUGUAGAGAAUCUGCGCACAAAGAAGAGGGAGAGUAAAGUGAGAGAAAGUGAGAGUCAGCAAGCAAAGCAGCUCCCUUUGCGGCUUUGCUUCCCCGUUUCUCUUCCAAAACCCUAAACCACAGCAUUCCUUACCUCCAUUAAUGGCGCUACUUAUCCCCGCACUUCUCUUCCAUCUUCUUUCCCUCCCUCUGAUUGUUCUCUGCAAAUCCACCAUUGAACCCUGUUCCGUUUCCGACUCCUGCAACGCCCUCGCGGGCUACACACUCUACACCGAGCUCAAGGUCUCUGAAGUUGCUGCUCUCUUCCAGGUCGACCCAAUUGGCCUUCUCAACGCCAAUGCCAUUGACAUUUCUAUUCCCGAUGUUGAGAAUCACAUUCUUCCCGCCGGCCUCUUCGUCAAAAUCCCCACCAUCUGCUCCUGCUCCGAUGGCAUCCGUAAGUCCGUUUCCACUCGCUACAAAACACGCCCCUCCGUCACUCUUUCUUCUAUAGCGGACUCCGUUUACGCCGGUCUUGUCUCCACCGACCAGAUCCGUGAUGCUAACUCCAUCACCGACCCCUCUAUGCUCGAUGUUGGUCAGAUACUUGUUAUCCCUCUUCCUUGCACUUGCUUCAACUCCACCGAUAACUUCCUUCCUGCUAUCUACCUGUCUUACGUCGUGUUGGUUGGGGAUACCGUCCCCGGCAUUGCUGCAAGGUACUCCACCACGGUUACCGAUAUUAUGAACGUGAAUGCGAUGGGGAGCCCGGUGGUCAGGGCUGGCGAUAUACUUGCAAUUCCAUUGCCAGCCUGUUCGUCAAAUUUCCCGACAUAUGCAUCUGAUCAUUUCUUGACAGUAGCAAAUGGCACCUACGCUAUAACUGCCAGUCAUUGUGUCCAGUGCAGCUGUGGAACAGGAAAUCACAAUUUAUACUGCACCCCAGCUUCACUGGCAGUAUCAUGUUCAAGCAUGCAAUGUCGAGGAAGCAACUUAAUGCUGGGAAAUGUUACUGCUCAGCCCACUACUGCAGGAUGCAACGUCACUUCCUGCUCUUAUGGUGGCUUUGUAAAUGGAACAAUCCUCACAACGUUAUCUACUUCCCUUCAACCCCGUUGUCCAGGGCCGCCCCAACUUCCUCAACUGGUUCCUCCGCCUACUUUUGUUAGCCCUGAUUCAUUUUUGGGUCCAUCGCCAUCUCCGUUUCCAUCACAACCUGGCGGUGCCAUGCCUACGCCAAAGACUCCGUUUCCUGGAACUUCGAACUUGCCUGCUGUUUCUCCUGCAGGUGGUCCUGCUGGAAGCACAUCUCAGGCUUCUCCUCUUAAGCGCUUAAAUCUUAUUGUUGAUGCUUUUAUUUUCUGCUUGCUAUUGUAAUUUAGGUAGUUUUGUUCUUUAUUAUUAUUAUUAUUAUUUUUUGGCUUCAUACAUUGUUUUGUAUUGUGAACUAAU